AUGAGCCCCGCUCCUCUUCCAACGUCUGAUGGUCAUGAUAGACACGUGGAUGACGGGCAAAACGAUUAUAAAACUAAGGAACUGACUUCAGAAGAAGAAUCAUCAACCCCCGUAAAGGCGGUUUCCGAUCCCCAAUCAGUACAUCCCACUAACGAGGAUAGCGCUACAGGCGAGGUAGUUGCAUCGGAAAACGAAGGUGCCAAACCAUGUGAUGGGUGCCAUGAUACAUCGGAUUUGUCAUCUAAGGAUGAGAAUUCGAGAGAUGGAGGUGUGUUGGAUAAGAAAUGUAAGUGUGAUGAACGUAAUGUACCCGGGACUACCCAUGUGGAAAAGAAGCGCCGUAACGCAUUUCUGAAAUUCGUUGAUAAAAUGGUCAACGCCAUAGAGAAUCUCUUCAAUACCGCUUCUACACCGGUUUCUGCGUAUAAUGCCAAGGUUAGUGAUGAAAAGAGAGCUGUGGGUGAUGCUGAAAGUCAUGAUGAAGAAAGCAUGGGGGGUGGAAAAGUUACUCCCGAAGGGGAGGUCGAAAGUUUGAAAAUCGAAUCGACCCAAUUACCUGAUGAACAGACCUAUGCCCCUACAUUGGAGAGUAUAGAUAUUGUUGAUGGUAUAAACGACUCUGUUCAUGACAUUGUUGAUGGUGACUUGGCACGGUUAUUGGACGGUGACAGGGUGGAUAUAGACAGUUUACUGUACUACGCACCAUUAGUUUCAUAUGAAGGUUACUAUGACGGACCCACAGAACCUAGCACUACUGCUACAGACGCGUCUACACGGCAAGAAUCUUACCUUAAGGAGGUUCCCACCGAAACCAUUGUACCCCAAGAGUCAGAUGAUGCCAAGGGCGAACUUGGCACGUUUAUUACCCCUGAAACACCUGUAGAUGCGGUAGCCGAUGUAACAAAAGCUUCUGUAAUGGAUAAUGCGGGUGCUUCUACGACUGAUGCUAUGUAUCCAGACAUAACUGCUGUUCCGGCAAUCCAUGCGGAUAGCGAAACAAAAAAGGGAGAGAGUGAAUUGAUAGAAAGCCCGAAACCUAUCGCUACAAGUGAUAUGGAACAAAUAUCUGAAAAUCUUCGUUCAACUCUUACAAACGAUCAAUCAACGGCAAGCGAAGCAGCAAAGGAGGAUCCUCAGGGAGCCGCUGAAUCACUUGACAAGCGCACUAGUACCGAAAUCGCCCAUUCGGAGGACACAACUGCUUCGCCGAGUACCAAUGAUUCAAACCCAGCGGCAUCAUCACCGGAGGCCGAAAAAACUAGCGAAACUGGCCCUGAGGCCUCCAAAGUAAAAGGGAGCACGGUUAAGGAUAAAGAUGCGACCGUACAACAGCGCCAGGAGCUAACACAGCAGCCUAUAGUGGUUAUAGUGAACUCAUCGUCAGGAGGAGAAGCGCCUAAAAAAACAGAGAUCGUCGAGCCGCGACCUCACGAUGAUGAGCUCGCUGAGCUCGUGCGCCAGGUGGCUAAGCAGGAAAUUAAGAAGGAAAUAGCGGACGCAAAAAAUCGCAAAACACAAGGUGAUGCUCCCCUGGGGCGAUUGUUGCAGAAGGAAAAGGUUUUCGACAUGGAAGACAACAUGGGUGACGAGCCCAUAAAGAAGCGCCUCGAAAUUAUCACGUUGCAGGUUGGCCAAUGCGGCAACCAGAUUGGCAUAGAAUUCUGGAAGCAACUGUGUGCCGAGCAUGGCAUUGAUCAGGAUGGGCGUCUUAUAGGAAAUAAAAGUGAUCACGAGGACCGUAAAGAUGUAUUCUUUUAUCAGGCCGACGACGAACAUUACAUCCCUCGCGCUGUACUAUUCGACCUCGAGCCGCGUGUGGUCCACGGCAUCAUGACUUCGGAAUACCAAGGCCUCUACAAUCCUGAAAAUGUCUUUCUUUCUAAGGAUGGUGGAGGUGCUGGUAACAACUGGGCUCGUGGGUAUGCCUCCGCCGAACGGGUCCAAGAGGAACUUUUCGACAUAAUUGAUCGGGAAGCCGACGGAUCUGAUUCUUUGGAAGGUUUUGUCCUGUGCCACUCCAUAUCGGGUGGUACUGGUAGUGGAAUGGGUAGUUAUUUACUGGAGAUGCUGAAUGAAAAGUACCCGAAGAGGCUGAUACAGACAUACUCGGUCUUCCCGCAUCUUACCACUGAAACCAGUGACGUCGUAGUUCAACCUUACAACAGUAUAUUGACGCUGAAACGUCUCACUCUCAAUGCUGAUUCAGUUGUUGUCCUCGACAACGCCGCGCUGAAUCGCAUUUUGGUGGAAAAGCUCAAAGUGGCAACACCGUCGAUACAGGAAACAAACUCUCUGGUGUCAAAGGUUAUGGCCGCUUCUACUGCUACACUUCGGUAUCCGGGACCUGUCAACAAUGACCUCCUCGGUCUGAUUGCUUCGCUCAUCGCAGUACCACGUUGCCACUUCCUUGUAACUUCAUACACGCCUCUAACGUUACAAAAGCACAUUUCGGCCGUGCAAAAGACUACUGUUUUGGAUGUUAUGCGUCGGUUGUUUCAGACCCAAAAUGUCAUGAUGUCGGCGCCCAUGAAAGACGGACUCUACAUUUCGGCAUUAAAUGUGAUCAUGGGAGAUGUUGACCCUAUUGAUAUACAGAAGAGCCUUCUGAGACUUCGAGAACGCAAGCUCGCAGAGUUUAUCAAAUGGAAUCCCGCAUCGGUUCAGGUCGCACUUUCAAAGCAUUCACCCUUCGUACCGCAACAGCACAAAGUAUCAGGGCUAUUGCUUGCUAACCACACAUCGAUAGCUGGUCUGUUUCAACGUUGCAUACAGCAGUUCGACAAACUCUACAGUCGAAGGGCUUUCCUCGAUAACUACAAGCGAGAGGCUAUGUUCAACAGCUCAGAUGGGCAAGGUAACUUUGAAGAGAUGGAACACUCCCGCGAUAUUACGCAACUUCUGAUAGAGGAGUACAAACGGGCGGAACAGGACGAUUACUUCGAAAUGGGAUGCCAGAUUUAG